AUGAGUUGUCAGAUCUCCUGCAAAUCUCGAGGAAGAGGAGGAGGAGGUGGCAGAGGAUUCCGGGGCUUCAGCAGUGGCUCAGCCGUGGUCUCUGGAAGCCGGAGAUCAGCCUCCAGCUUCUCCUGCUUGAGCCGCCAUGGCGGUGGCGGAGGGGGCUUCGGUGGAGGCGGCUUUGGCAGUCGAAGUCUUGUUGGCCUUGGAGGGACCAAGAGCAUCUCCAUUAGUGUGGCUGGAGGAGGUGGAAGCCUUAGCUCCGGUGGUGGAUUUGGUGGCAGAGGUGGUUUUGGAGGCGGCAGUGGCUUUGGUGGCAUUGGUUUUGGAGGUGGCAGCGGCUUUGGAGGAGGCAGUGGCUUCGGAGGAGGUGGUUUCGGUGGAAGCGGCUUUGGUGGAGGCCGCUUUGGAGGUGGUGGUGGCUUUGGAGGUUUUGGGGGUCCUGGUGGCUUUGGGCCUGGAGGAUACCCUGGUGGAGGCAUCCAUGAGGUCUCUAUCAAUCAGAGCCUCCUGCAGCCUCUCAACGUGAAAGUUGACCCAGAGAUCCAGAAUGUGAAGUCUCAGGAGAGGGAGCAGAUCAAAACUCUCAACAAUAAAUUUGCUUCCUUCAUUGACAAGGUGCGGUUCCUGGAGCAGCAGAACCAAGUGCUGCAGACCAAAUGGGACCUGUUGCAGCAACUCAAUGUUGGCACCCGCACCAUCGACUUGGACCCCAUCUUCCAGGCGUACAUAGGUAACCUCAAGAAAUACGUGGAUGGACUCUCUGCAGAAAGGACAUCACAGGAUUCAGAGCUUAACAACAUGCAGGAUCUUGUGGAGGAUUAUAAAAAGAGGUAUGAGGAUGAAAUCAAUAAGCGCACAGCUGCUGAGAAUGAUUUUGUGACACUUAAAAAGGAUGUGGACAAUGCCUACAUGAUCAAGGUGGAACUGCAGGCCAGGAUGGAUGUGCAGAACCAGGAGCUUGAGUUCCUAAGAGUCCUCUUUGAUGCAGAACUGUCCCAGGUGCAACAGACUGUCACUGACACUAACGUCAUCCUGUCCAUGGACAACAACCGCAACCUCGACCUGGACAGCAUCAUUGCUGACGUUCAGGCCCAGUACGAGGAGAUCGCCCAGAAGAGCAAGGCCGAGGCUGAUGCACUGUACCAAAGCAAGUAUGAGGAGCUCCAGGUUACUGCUGGGAAACACGGAGACAGCCUGAGAGAGCUCAAGAUGGAGAUCAGCGAGCUGAACCGCGUGAUCCAGAGGCUGCAAGGGGAGAUUGGCCACGUGAAGAAGCAGUGUAAGAGCGUGCAAGACGCCAUUGCUGACGCUGAGCAGAGGGGAGAGCAUGCCAUUAAGGAUGCCAAGAACAAGCUCGUAGACCUGGAGGAUGCUCUGAAUCAGGCCCGGGAGAACCUGGCCCGGCUGCUGCGUGACUACCAGGAGCUGAUGAACACCAAGCUGGCCCUGGACGUGGAGAUCGCCACCUACAGAAAGCUGCUGGAGGGCGAGGAGUACAGGAUGUCUGAAGACCUCAGCAGCAGCGUGACUGUGUCUGUGACAAGCAGUACCAUUUCUUCAAAUGUGGCAUCCAAGGCUGGCUUUGGCAGCCAUGGUUCUGGAGGUAGAGGGUUCGGUUCCGGAGGAGGAGGAUACAGCUCUGGAAGUGGCAGUUACAGCUCUGGCGGCAGAGCAUCUGGCUCUGGAGGCGGUGGCGGAGGAGGCUAUGGCUCUGGCGGUGGUUCCAGAGGAGGCUCUGGCUCCGGAGGAGGCUACGGCUCCAGCGGUGGUUCUGGAGGAAGACACGGCUCUGGACGUGGCUCUAGAGGAAGCUCUGGUUCUGGAGGAGGAUAUGGCUCUGGUGGUGGCUCUAGAGGAGGCUCCAGCUCUGGUGGAGGAUAUGGCUCUGGAAGUGGCUCUGGAGGAGGCUUCAGCUCUGGAGGUGGCUCCAAAAGAGGCUCUGGCUCUGGAGGGCGAGUUUCUAUCUCUGAAAGGGGUGGUUCUGGCUCAGGUGAAGGUUAUGGUUCUGGCGUGACCUUCUCUCAUAUAUAAAGAUGGAUUCCCCCUCCCCCAACUCUCCCACUCCAGAAUGUGCUUGUCUUUUACCUCCGACAGCAAGUCAAGUUUUGUCAUCUACCUCGGUUGGUAUUUUGGGGGAAAGGGAUGCCCACACACAGUUUUUGAGAGAUCUUUCCAACCCAAUUAGAGCCAGUGACACUCACUGUUUUCUGGAGAAGAAUCUGCAUUCUAGGCUUGUGCUUCUGGCCAUGUCACAUCCCCAUCCCCCUGUGCCCUCUUGUGUUGCCCACUUGGCAGUCUUUUCCCAGAUGGGUAUUCUGUUGAGGACCCCAGAGUAGCUGGCUGAUUCCAUCUCGAAGCCUGUGCCUUUCCUGGGGCAGUGCCAGGGGGAUGUGCUGC